AUGCUGCGACGGUCAUACGCGACGCUGCGCCGAAAAGCGUCGGUCGUGUUAAAGGGCCAGCUGAACCCCCUUGAAGCGCUCACACAGAUACAACUAGGCAUGACACCGUCGCUUCCAAUCCAACGCGGCUUCCUGUUGGAGCACUGCGAGCGGCAGCUGGAGAACCUCGGUAUCACUGAGGGGAAGCUCCUGGCCAUGGACGGGCGGCUGUGCACUCAGCUCACGAAGAGGAUCGUGUACGAGCUGUACCUCUCUGUCCCGUUCCGUGUGUUCACAUUUGACAUGGAGUUUACUGGGCCGCCGGUGUUCACGGCGGAUGGACCGACGGAGGACAUCACGGAGCUGGGACUGUACUCGCCCCUUCUCGACGAAACGUUUUCGUGCCUCGUUCAACCUGUCUGCGGCCGCAAGCAGGCCCAGGGGGUCGAGGAGCUGACGCACAUUACGGACAUGAUGCUGGAAAAGGAGGGUAUCCCGUUUGUUGAGGCGUGGCAGCGGUUUCUUCAGUUUGUCCAGACACCGCAGCCAGACGAGAUUGCUGGCUCCGAGGAGCGCAUCCUGCUGCUCUCUCACGGCGGAAAGCUCGCGGAUGUGUCGCUGAUCAAGUGGACACUCGAGAAGUUCCACAUGGAGCUGCCGCCCAGUUUUGUCUUUGGGGACACGAUUCACGUCAUUCGAGAUGCACACCGUCGACGCCCCGUCACCAUAGAUAAGCAUCCACCGUCGUGGAAGCUUGUGGAUCUCGUGCAGUGGCUGCACAUCACUCCAACCUUACCGGCGCAUCGGGCCGGCAACGACGCUCGUAUGACGUGGGACGCUCUGUAUCACACUCUGCUGCGCUACGGCGACGAUGAAAUGACGCCGCGCGAGCAGCUCGUGCCGCGCUUUUUCGACGCGGAGGCGAAGCAGCUCUUGCGCGAGCACACGGCGCGGCAGGCGCAGGAAAGUGCCGCGCUUAGCCUGGAUGGCACGUUCCUCUUGGCCGAUGCGUCGCACUCCGCUUCAGCGGGGCACGCAGACAGCAGCAGUAUCGGUUACUCCGCGUAUCGUAGCGCUUCGGACGGCUCUGGGAAGCCUGGCAAGAGUGGAGCGGCGACGGAUUUGCUCGAUCUCGACUUUGACGACAUCUUCAGUGAACAGAAUAAGGUGAGCCCCAGUGCACCUAUUGAGGAGUUCAACUUGGAUAACAGUGAUGAUCGUCACAGCAUUUCCGCUGGAGCAAGUGGCUUUACCGCUUCUCGAACACCGUCAUCGACGACCACGAGCUGCACUACGGCCCUCUCCGUCGAUGCGGCAGAUGAUGAUGCUGUGAACGACGUGAACGAGGGAUCAACAUCCCCACUGCCGCCGGCUCGGGCAGCGAAGACGGCCACCUCAGGUGAGAGAAAAGGCAAGGUGUCAGGCUCGUCACGCAGCAAGGAGGCCGUUGAGAAGAGAAACAAACGCCGUGGCAGCGCCGGUGACGACGACAGUGAGGAGGCGAGCGACCCUCCCGCUGCCACUACUGGUGCCGUUUUUCUUGUAUGA